CGUUGUAAAUUCGCUCCACCCAGCCAAGUCGACUUUAUAUACCAAUCGUCAUGCAGUACAGACCGGAUGAACCGACACACGCCGAUCAGUUCCCGACGAUUUACUUUAUUUUGUGUCGAUUCGAAUGUUAACGUCAAUUUUCUUUCGUUUGCUUUGUACAUGAGAACCCGUAGAAGAUGCUUGUGUUGAAAUCUCCAGUGACGUGGAUGUGCAGUGCGGUUUUUUGACUUAGUUUGUGAUACGAUAGAUAAGGGGAAUGACAAAAUACGCUUAAUAAUGUACUACUAGUAUGUCAUAAGACUAAAGACUGAAACUAGUCCAAGUAGAUAUAGUAGGCAACAACAGUAUUACAUAAUUAUAUAAUAUAUAAUUAUUAUAGUUUCAUCAUUAACACCUUAACGGAUCAUAAUGCCAUCUGAAAUUGGAGCAAGUGUUUAUUCCAGCCGCCUUAGCCGUCGGCCAUCAUUGACGUCUUCCUACUUCCCACCAAUCCUCGAGAAGAUUUACGGAUACACGAGGCCAUCAUCUUCUAUGGUCAAUGCUGGGAUAGUGACCUUUGUUGCAAUGAUAUUUUUCAUCAUCUCUUUCACUAGUCCCUACUGGCUGCAGUCCUAUGCUUACACUUAUAAUGACUUCAGUAACAUGGGCUUAUGGGAAUUUUGUUUUAAUGGAUUCCGCUACCCAAAGUAUCAGUUUGACUACAAGUUUAUGGGUUGUAAUUAUGUGUUUUCUGAAGAGUACAGAAUCAUCUGGACUUGGAUGUUGCCAGCGUGGUUCAUGUCUGUUCAAGCAUUCAUGACCAUAGCCCUGCUUGCAAGCGUAACAACCUUGGUAACCGUCAGUAUGAUUCUCGUAAGAUGGCCCUUGCAAAUUGUUAUGCGUUAUGAAUGGCACUUGACUGGCUUCUGUUUCAUUUGUCAAGCGAUUACAGUUGUUGCUAUCUUCUUUGCUGUGCUAGUCUUUGGCAUUAUGUGUUGGUCACGGGAUUGGUUAUUGAACCCCAAUUUCAACUACCUUUCAUGGUCCUAUGCUUUUGCAGUCAUAGCAGGAGGAAUCCAUGCCUUUGCAGGUCUGACUUUACUUCAUGAGACAUACGAAGCCAGAGAUCGAAAGAGAAUGGCAUCCAAUGUGAUGCAUAUGGAGCCUCAAGGACAGUUUGCUCAUGAGAUGUCUUCACAGGGUUACAUUUAAAGGCCCAUAUAGUAAAUCUGUUGUUUUUCUACAUUGGAAAAAAAAGUAACACUUCAAAAUGUUGUAGUGUGUAUGAAAAUAACUGGCUUUAAAUUCGUGUCACAAGACAAAAUUUUCAUAUUUGUGAACUGCCUAUUCAUAUACAGUAUAUUGCUUCUUUUCCAUACUAAAAACAAUUUAAAAUUGUUCGUUUUGUAUCAUUACUUUUGUAUUGUUAUUAGUUCAUUACAAUUUUCAAGAUGCUAACAGUAUUUUAGUUGGGCAAGGUUGCCUAAUUUGUGCACAUGGAUAUACUGCAUCAAUUUUUAUUUAAUAUCUGUUUAGCUUUUCAAGUUGACCUAGCUCAGUCUUUUAGAAUAAAUCACUGUUAUUGGUUGGAUAAUAUAGAUGUUCUUAAGGUAAAGCCUGUACUAUCUGAAUGGAACUGAAAAUUAUGCGCAUUAAAUCUGAAUUAUUCCUUUCUUUUAAGAUCUAUAAAAGAUAUUUAAACUUUCAACAGUAUAGUACCAUGUAUAUUAAAGUUGCUACUAUUUCCAAAGCAAAACCAUGCAUAUUUCAUCUCUCUAGUUCCAUUGUUGGAGCAAUAGUUCAUCCUCUCAGAACUUUGCAUUGCAUCACUUUGUGAUGUAUUUUGCAGAAGUCUGGGAAGAGAGUAUAGGAUGGAUUUUUUCUUUAUACUGCAUUAGUUUGAGAUAAGAGUACAGGAUAGCUGUUUUUUUUUUUAUACUUUCCAUUUUCCAGUUUGUAUUUUUAAGUACUUGGACAGAAUACUAGGAAAUGUUUUACUAAAAUCAUGGUACUGUACAUAUUUUUUUUUUUUAAAUUCAGCUUAUAUCCUUUUUAAUCAAACCCUGAGCAAUUUCUUAAUCAGGUAUUUAAAAAUUUUUCGGACAAAUCUGAUAUUUAAAAUUGUCAGCUAUAAAUGGUGAAAAAUUUUAAGGUAUAGGCUCUUAAAAGGAAAAUUGUAUGACUGCAUUGUGUUCCUGGUAUUUCAGGUGAGUGGCUUGUGAGAUUGACUACAAGAUGUUAAACAACUGUCAAAUAUGAUGACUGUUAAUUCAUACCACCAGACCAUGAAGUGUAGAUAGGAGAGAAUAGUAUGUCUUGUUGGCAAUUAAGAACACAGUAAUGAAUAGUAGCACUUGCUCAAAUAAACUGUUAUUAUUGAGAUGUAAUAAUUUAAUGAUGUCUAGCUUGAAGCAAGAUGAUCAUGAAAGGCAUACAGAUGUUUAUAUCCUCUAGAUGGGGUCUUGCUUAGAUUCCAUCUGGUCUAGCUGUUUAUAAGAGGUUUUGUUGGUUCAUGAUGAAAUGGAUUAAGUUUGUUGAUUUUUUUUCAUUUUACUGUUGAAAGGAGUCAACACUGAAAUAAAAUUUGAUCACUACAGUACAAGGUGUUUGUAAAUAUGAGGAUGCCAUGUAAUAGCUACUUGGAAAAAAUAGCUACUGAAACCAACUUGUUUAUUUUUAAAUAAGAUUCUGUGUUGAAUGAUUACUGAAUGCGAGUUUAUUAACCGUCCAUAUCACCUUUUUAUAUAACAUUUUUCAUAAUAUAAAGUGAUAUCCUCAUUAAUGUGUGUUAAUUUAGUAUUUUCCAAGUAGUUUUAGCUUAUAAAUUUAGUCACAAUUACUGAAAUAAUAUGAUUUGUAAGAAUAUAGUAUUGGUGAUAAAACAAUACCAAAUGAGAAUGUUCAAAUUCUUACACCUGCCUCAGUAGAUUUACAGUUUUUAUUAAUUUGGCAUAUUGUAUAUUACAACUAAAUAUUAAUUUAUUGUUUUCUGUACAAACCAUGUUGUCUUAGAACACAGUAUUUAAAUUGGAAAUGUUGAGUAUUUUAUAAAUUCUGUAAAAGUUUAAAUUAAAAGUUAAGUGAUCUAGUGUAUUACAUAGAAAUUUAAAUGAAAAUAUUUAAAGUAUUAUAUAAGACUACUCAGGCAAGACACAAAAUUACAAUAUUAUUAUUGUCAACUGCAUCAUAUGCAAAAUAUACCGUCCAUUAGUGUGUGGAAUAAGUAUUUUUGUAAGAUAUUUUUAAAUAACAUUCCCUGUAUAUAGGAUAUAUUAAAA